AUAAUAUUGUUUUUUUAAUGAUGUCUGAGGAGCUUAUUGGACGUGUCUUUUGUGGUAUGUGUGUCCAAACCAAAGCGUUUCUCCUAUUUGCUCGGGUCGCUUACGUGAUGGAUACAAUGCCCCAUUUUAUUUCUUACUUUAGUGCUGGGCACCACACUCCUAUACCUCUUUUUAUAUUCUAAAUGUCCGUGUCACUCUGUCGCCCACACCCUCCUCACCCUGUUCAAAUACCUUUACCCUAUCAAAAACCUUAACCCCAUUAAUUCAUCCUUCCCCGACACCUUCCAGCUUUCCAACCAAGCCUGUUCCUUCCUCAAUGACCACCUCAGACAUCGUCCAAGGAAAAUGGAACCCUAUCCAAGAAGAGGAAGACCAUCAAGAAGAAGAUCAAUCUCAACAAGAAGAAGAAGAAGAAGAAGAAGAAGCAUUGUCGCUUUCCGAUCUUCCAAUCAACCUCAACGACCAACCGAGCCUCCAAGAACAACGCUCUGCUGCCAACGAAGCAACUCAAGAGGAAUUCAAUUUCCGCUCCUGGGAUGCUCCCUUUUCCAAACAACCCGAAAUGUGUGCGGCUGAUGAAGUUUUCUUCAAAGGCCAAAUCCUCCCAUUGCGUGUCUCCUUCAGCUCCGAGGCUGGCUUAUUAGCCACACUAUCUCAAUCUCAACCACAUUAUGGUAAGCACUUUAUCAACGAAUCCUUGGAUUUUCCGAGUAACAGUAGCAGUAGCAGUAGAAGCAGUAGUCUUCGAAGCCAAAACUCAUCAACUAGCACCGCUAGCUCCGCUACCAUCACCACCACAAAAAAGAUUACAACAGUACCUCCGAGAACGAAGCCCAGAAUUCGAAACCAGUUUCAUAUGCACCCAAGUCCGAAGCCUCAGUUAAGGGCACCCACCCCAACACAAUUAUCAAGCUUGGGUAACCCAGGUAGAAAAUCAACGUCAGCAUGGGGAAUUUUCCGUUUGGGUGUGGUCCCUGCUCCCGAGAUAGGAUUGCAAGACCUGAAGGUUCGCAACAGAUCAAACUGUGUCAGUCGCAACAGUAGUAGCAACAGCAGCAGCAACAACAGUGCGAAAAGUGUGAAAAGAAGUAACAGGAACAAGGGAAAUGAUGGUGUUUUGAAACAGUUAGUGGGGAAAGGCGGUGGUCUAUUGAGUGGUUGUGAUUGUUCUUUCCAAACAGUGCAAUCGAACAACAUGGUCAUGAUAAAAGGUGGUAACGGUGGUGGUAAAAGUAGCAACAAGACAGAAAGCAUAAGGCACGCCGCGAAAGAAAAAGUGGUGGAGUUGAAGAAGCAGAGGCAAAAGCAGGGAAAGAAGGUUACGUCACGUCGUCGAACGUUUGAAUGGAUAAAGGAACUUCAUGCAAGUCACCCUGGUGAUGAUGACGACGAUGAAGAGGCUUUGUUAUCAAACGCAUGAUGCUUGGAUUUUACUUCUAAGAUUAGAUUAGGUUAAUCAUAUUGCACCGCCUUUCUUUGCUUCCUUUAAUUUGAAUUAAUGAAAUUAUAAUAUUGUGGUGCAGGCGUUUGUAAUCAAAAGUUGCUGCUUUCUCGUGAGAAAGAGCAAGGCUGUAAUCAAUUUUCUUUUUCAAAAUAGAAAAAAAAAACCUUUUAAUUUGGGCGUGUAAUUAAUAAUUGAAUGGGGUUUGUUGAGAAGUUAUGUGGAAUGCAUGAUGAGGCUUAAAUGAUACGGGCGAACAUGGGUGAAUUGGUGUUUAUGGCUGUCAUGAUUGAAGUGUGAAUUUCGAUGGUUUGUGGUUGGUUGGUUGGAUGGAGAAUGUGAAAUAGGAUUAGGGGACUGCACCAAGUCACGCGAGGCAGAGACUUUGAGAGAGAAAAGACGAUGGGAAAGUCGUGAAAGAAAGAAA